AUGUCGGUGAGCAAGGCCGCUCUUCCGCUUAAGCUUCCGCCGAGUGGCCGCCCAUCGGUUCCCGAGGUUCCACCAAGCGGUGGGAAGCGAGGCAUUGCCUACAAUGUCCCUGCAUACACUUUCAUGUUCAACUGUCCUAAGAUCGGUUGGGCAUACAAUUGGGGCUCGUCGCGCAGUACGGGACCUAUCUCUGAUCAAUUCAUGUUUGUCCCCAUGCUGUGGAGCGACCACUCAGAGUUGACCAAUUCCUGGAAUAACAAUGUCGAAUUGGCCAUGAAGACAGGCUCGGACGCAGCCAUGGCGUUCAACGAACCCGACGGAUGCAUUGAUGGAGGAUCCUGUAUGCCCGCACCCGGCGAGACCGCGUGGCUUUACAAGACGCUCGUGGCCCCUUUUGCAGGGCGAAUCCGCCUGGGCUCCCCUUCGGUUACGAACGGCGACCAAGCGCACAAAGGUAUCAACUGGUUCCGGCAAUUCAUGCGCGCCUGCAAUGCAAUCGGAUGUCCCAUCGACUUCGUCCAGGUGCACUGGUUCGGCUGGUGCAACGAUCUCGGAGGCUUCAAGCGCCACGUGUGGGAGAUGUUCGAGGCCGGUGGACGACGACCAGUGUGGGUGACGGAAUACAGCUGCAACUUGGGCGACAUGACACCCGACCUCCCCGAGCGCGUGGAGUUCUUGACGCAGUCGCUGGAAUGGCUGGAUUCGCAGGACUGGAUCGAGAAGUAUGCGUACUUCAUGGCGCGAGAGGGGGACGGCAUGAUCAAUUCCGCGGGGACGGGACUGAGCAAGCUUGGGAUGAUAUAUAACUCCUGA